AGUUUGUUGAGAAGCUCAAACUAGUCCUAAUUUCACCCUAAACAUCGUGUUUGCUAGUGCAAAAGUGAUACCUUCUUGAAGCUGCUAUACAGUUACACUAAGGCAAUGACUACUCAAGCUAAUUUCGAGCAAAACUUCAAGGAAUUAAAAAAUCGAUUAAAGUUGAUAUCGGACGCUGACCCGGAUCAGUACCAUAAUGACCACUCACUUACACGGUAUUUAAAAGCUUUUAAGACUGUAGAUGCAGCAUUUCAGGCCAUCUUGAAAACCAACAAGUGGAAAAAAGAAUACAAUGUUGCAGCUCUAACAGAGGAACACCCAACUGUUAAGAACAAUUUGGCUUUGAAAAAAGCUAGAGUGCUUCGACACAGGGAUAUGCAAGGGCGGUCAGUCAUUUACAUUCCUGCAAAAAACCAUAGUGUAAAUGAUAGGGAAAUAGAUGAACUCACUCAGUUUAUUGUUUUCUGUCUAGAAGAGGCCUCCAAGAAGUCAUUUGAAGAUGUUAUAGACAACUUUUGUAUUGUCUUUGAUCUCAAGAACUUCUCAUUAACAUGCAUGGAUUACCCUCUGAUUAAAAAUAUCAUUUGGCUGCUAAGUCGCCACUAUCCUGAACGCCUGGGAGUGUGUCUCAUCUAUAAUGCCCCUACAGUUUUCUCAGGGUGCUGGGCUAUUAUAAAAGGCUGGCUUGAUGAGAAUACAUCAAGCAAAGUCACCUUUGUAAAUUCAGAGGAGGAUCUGUGCCAGUAUCUGAUACCUGACAUACUCCCAUCUGACAUGUAGGGAAGCCAAAAAGACUACUGCUGCACGAAAGAUCUGUGAGAUGGCCACGUCUCGAAGUUGAAAUUAUAAAUUUCUAGGUAAAAUGAAUGAUUUUUUUUUAACCUUGCUUAUUUGAUAAAGUUGCAUGUUGUCACACACCCAUAUGACCAAAGCUUAUGGGGCUUUAAGCUUCAAUUCCUUCCUAAAAUGGUAACUUGACACACCCCCUCCUACCCUAACUGUUGUGAAACAAACUUUUGUUAACCCAUUUGAGAUUAUUUUUCCCUGAAAUUUGCUGUUACUGUCUGCCUUGGACAAUUGACUGCCAAAAAUAUUUCAACCAAGGAAUGAAAUAGAAUCAUAUAUAUUUACCACAAUACACAGCCGUACAAAUAAAAAAUAA